UCCCCAAUGGCGCAUGCGCAGUGAGCAGCCCUCCCAAUCCGUCCUAGGAGGACCGAGGUCCGUUGCGCGGCGUCAGUCCAGUCCGUAUCUUCCCGCCGUGAGGGACGGACGCUUAGUUUGUUGAGGCUCCUGUUGCUGUCGCGGAGAUGGCCGACCCCGCCACCCAGUCGCCGUAUAUCUCCUCCUCCGCCGGAGGGGGUCCCUCUGAGCCGGGUAGCACCCCGAUCCCCGCGGGCGGCCGCGACUGUAAGGGGACGAGCUCCCAGUCCUGCGCCGAUUCCUUUGUUUCUUCUUCUCAGCCUGUCUCUCUCUUUUCAACUUCACAAGAGGGGACUGCUUCUCUCUCUGAUAAGGCAGCUUCAGGGAUUCUGGGAUCUGAAAAUCAAACCCCUGGCUUGACAGCUUGGGCAGACAGCAGCAGAGAAAUAGACAGCAAGCCCCCUCCCUCAAAUGACGUGAAAGAACUGGUGGUUGCUGUAGACAGCAAAAGAAUGGAUAGCUUCCGUGGGCCAAGUGCUGAUUCUGGAAUAGAGGCAACAUCCAUUGGGUCCCCUGGGUCGGAAGGCUCCCCAUUUUCUAUUGGAGCAGAACCUCAUUCCUACAGCCCAGUGAUUUCGACUAGUUCCCCAGAACAAACAUAUGUGAGGGGCACCAUUAUCUGCCUGUCAGAAGAUGGUAAGGCUGAACAAAGCAGACUGAAAGACCAAGAUUUUAUGGACCAAAACAAGAGAGUCACUACAGGCAGUGAAUCCAGAUUUACUUUCCUGACUGACCAGAAGCAAGAUGCUGAGCAACCUCUGAGCAAAGGUGUCUAUUCGCAGUCUUCCACUCCAUCUGGUGGGGAGACUGCUCUAGAAAAAGACUCUCCCGAAUCGCCAUUCGAGGUGAUUAUCGACAAAGCAGCAUUUGAUAAAGAGUACAAGGAUUCAUUAAUUAGCAACUCCAGCGAUCUCAGUAGCAACUGGGUGAUGCACAGUGAGAGAGAGCUUCUUACGGAUAUCCCAGAAGACCGUGUCUGUGAGUUCCAGGUGAAACCUCGCAGCGGGAGCAGCAUUCCAGCAGGACCCGGGCUAUCACGCCAGUCUUCAGGUACAACAGCUGCAUUGGAAGAAGUGUCCAAGUGUGUACGCGAGAUGCACAGCUUCACGAAUGAGCUGUUGAACUGGGACUUGAUUCCUAAAGUAGAGCAUUCUGAAAAGAUUGCUGAAACCUCAGACCUACCUGCAGUGCCCUCCAAAGAGUUUGGCGGCACUCCUACGCAGCCAGCAGGCAACAGGACAGAAGCAUGCAAAGCACCCUCGCCUCAUCCUGUUACUGUCAGUGUCCAGCAGAAAGACCGAGCAUAUACAGACUUAGCAUCGCCUCGAUUUGAGAAACAUGUUCCUCUGGACAAAGAAGCUGUUAAAAUGAAGAAUGCUUCACCUACUGCAGUUGAACUGAAGGCUGAUGGGAGCUGGCCAAGUUCUGGCCUGGCUGAAAUCACAGAUGCAGACAGCUCUGGCGAAUCUGAUGACACAGUGAUAGAGGAUGUGCCCGUAGAUCUGGCCUAUGGAAACAAGAAGCUUGUCCUUCAACCCACAGAUAGCGGCGUGGCACCAGUGGAGAAGCUGACCUUCGCUCCAGUUACUGCUGGCAAAACAAGAGACUGGAUAACUGCAGAUAAUGAAGAGGCACCUAACAAGCUGCACAAACACAGCAGAGAGGGUCAGUUGCCCUCUCAGACACCAGAAGAUAAUCAGGGAUUCACUGAUGACUUUGAAACUAUAGAAGCGCAUCCAGAUGUUGGAGGGAGUCCAGUUGCUGAAGCAAAAUAUCCCAAGUCAUCCACUCUGGAUUUGACGUCUAUAAAUAUGCAGCAUUCAGGCCACUGGGAUCCAGGUCUCCUUGGGAAACCACUCAAGGCUGGUGAAAUUCUCAGCAUUUCUCCAACAGCAGCUCCACUGAAGGAUCUUAAAAACAUGCCGAACGAGAGAGUCCCCCUCUCUCUGCCCUUGGGUAAUUUGAAAGAACAAGAUCAUCCAGAUGCCUUAAGUGGGGAGAACGAGGCGGAUUUCAUGCGGGAAUGCUUGAAGUCCAAGGGUAAUGACUCUCUGGAGGACCUGACAGACACCUUCUCAGAGGCUGAAACUGCAGCUCUAAAAACCACUGCUCCAGGAAGAGCUCCUCAUAAAGAUGAGGUAAAUAGGUCAGAUGUGAAAGUGGAUGGUGAUUAUGCUGUGCAAAGCAUCACUGAUGACAAGGGCAACUUCCAGAAACCUUUGUUCUCUCAAAGAUCUCCCACGGUAGCUCAAGACUUUGAGCAGGAGCAGCUGACAAUUAAGGCCCUCAAAGAACUAGGUGGAAAACUGGAUGACGAGCAGACUCCAACACAAAGUAAAAUCUCCCUGCCGGGAGGGGGAAGAAAAGCACAGGACCAUGACCCCUCAGCAGCUCAGAAAUCUCCCUUGGAGAAAAGACCUCUCUGCAUCCAUCAGCAAACAGAUAUGAAGCCCGCCCCUGCCACAGCUCACAUUAGUACUGAUGGUGAAAUCCCCAAAGAAGCUGUCUGGGAUAGUGUGGCUGGAUCUCCAGUAGAACAUGCCCUAGUGAGGCUACUGACUGGGUUUUCAGUGCACGAUCUGAUCUUCUGGCGGGAUGUGAAGAAGACAGGCUUUGUCUUUGGCACGUCACUGAUCAUGCUACUCUCUCUGGCUGCCUUCAGCGUCAUCAGCGUGGUUUCUUACCUCAUCCUGGCGCUGCUGUCAGUCACUAUCAGCUUUAGAGUCUACAAGUCUGUCAUCCAAGCCGUACAGAAGUCUGAAGAGGGACAUCCAUUCAAAGCCUACCUGGACCUCGAUAUCACGCUCUCUUCAGAGGCCUUCCACAACUACGUAAAUGAUGCAAUGGUGCAUGUCAACCGAGCUCUCAAACUCAUCAUCCGCCUCUUCCUGGUGGAGGACCUGGUGGAUUCCCUGAAGCUGGCAGUUGUCAUGUGGCUGAUGACGUACGUCGGGGCUGUGUUCAAUGGGAUCACCCUCCUCAUUCUUGGAGAAUUGCUGAUUUUCGGUAUUCCAGUUGUCUAUGAGAAAUAUAAGACGCAGAUCGAUCACUACGUUGGAAUCAUCCGGGACCAGACUAAGUCGAUUAUUGCAAAGAUCCAAGCAAAACUUCCAGGAAUGGUGAAGAAAAAGCCAGAAUAAGCUGGGGGGUGGGCAGCCCCAGGAUCCAGCCAUUACUAAACUCCAUGCGAUAGUUAUAACCAUUGUUACUUGUACCUAUGAAGGAACAUGCUGAGUCAGCUUGAGCCUGCAUUCCAAGCGUUUCUUGUUAUUAUUUGGCAUUUGCUUUUCUAAGCCUAGAAUUGGGCUCAGAACGUGCACCAGACUAAAGGAGACCUGGUGUCAAAGCCGUUAGGGGAGGCCUCAGCACACCUGAACGAUUGUAAGGGUCUUGUCCCCGAUCGCAGGGAACCGAAUGCUGCUCUGAACGCUGGCUCCUCUUCGGUUCCCAGCCUCCAAUGAGGGCAGGGUGGCUCUCUGCUCGACCAAACAUUUGCCUGCCUGCCAAGGGGAAUCGCUGCAAGGAGACAUCCCUCUCUCCCUCUCCUUGGCUUCCUACACUUCCACAUUCCCUGCUCCCCAAAUACUCCCCCAGCCAGCUCCUUGGGGGUCAGGGACUUGUACUGAAAAGGGUGGGGUGGGAAGUCCAGGAAACUGCCUCCUCCCCCUUGCUGAUCGAAAGGGGGGUUUGUACCCCUACGUGACAUCAGUUCUGUGCUUUAGUCUGGUUCAUCCCUCUCCUCUCCAGUUCCUGCAAUGUGCUCCCCACCCCUUUCCCAGGUUGUACCUUUUAUUUCUUACUCUGAGAUGAAAAUGUCUGUAUCUGCUGUACACUGCUGUAAACUUGUGUAGAGAAAAAACAACACCCCACCCCCCAACCCCCGAACUCUGCAUGUGACUCCUCUGCUGUCAUAACUCCUAUCUCAGCCCCCGGAGGGCGGGUGACCACUGAGCUGAACUACUGAGACAGCGCCACAUGCUGCCUUGCCCGCUUGCCGUCCUGGCAGCAGGGAGCAAAGGUCCCUUUGAACCCCAGCUGGGUGGAGAAAUGGUACUUAACACUCUAGUGUGCAGAAUAGUCUUAGAGCGGCAUAUUUCACAAUUUGUAUUUUUUGUACACUGUUAACUCGCUGAACUUUAUUUGAAGGUAGCUUUGAGUUUCCUCUGGUCAGAAGGAGUCAGUCUUUAACCAGCCUGCUGUGCCCGGUGAAAGCUGGCGGCGCUGAGACCUAGACCAAAAGCCCACCUCUGUUGCUUUUCCAGGGGGAAGGAAGCACUGCUAAGGGGAGAGGAAGGAAAAUGCCCAGUGGAUGAAUGAGCCAUUCAUUCAGCAUUUGGGCUCAAGGGGGCGAGGGGGAUUCUCACCUCCCUCGUGUCAGUUUAGUGGGGCAGGGAGAAGGGAGGCUUUGGCUGCUUUAGAGACAGACGCUCAGGCUCCUUUUUAGCACAGCAUCUGCUAAUGGAGAUGGGAAUUCCGAGCCCUGCGAGGCAGCGUUCAAACAAAAAAUACAACUCUGCUUUUGAACUGAGCCCAACUGACUCAAAGCCUAGAUGCAGGUAGUCUAUUACAGGGAAUAUGCCCCCAGGCCUUAUAAGCCACGUGCUGACAGCCAUAGGGCUUAUAACUGGCUGGGCCACCUUCUCUUCCUCCCAAGCAAAGCUUGUGGGGAUGAGUGCAGGGAAUUCAAAGCCUCUUUGCUCCUGCCCUGGUCUUUUCUCAGCAUCACCGCAACAAACCACAGUCUCUGCUUUCCCCUGUGGAAACUGCACUGAUCAUCCUGCCCUGACUUCUUUCCACCCCUUCCCCAGGACCUCUUCUGCACUGGAAGUUGUCGGCCCAGCUCUUACAUCUGUUCUGUUACUGCUGUUGUGAGAUACGUUGAACAGAUCUUUGUGCCAGGCAAUUUGUUUUUGUUUUUUUUAAAGAGAACAUGUAGACAAAAAACCGGAAACAAACUACUAAUGAAGCUCUGUGUGUGUGUGUGCGUGUGCGUGCGUGCAGCAUAAAUUACAGUAGUGCCCCGGGAGCUGAUAACCCGGUUCCUGUCACACUGCAAAUGAUGUGGUAUUAAUAAAAAACACCAUGGACAGGUCCCA